UGAGAAAUUAAUUGUUUUGUAGAUACGAAUCCCUUAGUGGGAACCACAUAGAGACACAAAUCAGAAUGCACUAACUAUAUAAUAAUGCAUAACAACAAUUCUGCAGCUUCUCUUAGUUAUUAGGGUUAUAGCCGCAACUUUAUUCUCACACACACACACACAACUUUCAUUUUCAUCAAUAUUUUUUCUCUGUGUUUGACAAAUUUGCGAUGAAGAGAAACAAACAAACAAAGGAAAGCUGAUAAAUCAGCAACAUGAUCCCUUUGUUUCGUAUUCACUCUGAGCAUAAUCAUUAUCAAACACCACUCAAUUAUUUAUUUUCUAUUUUUUUAAAUGAUUUUUAUUCAGUUUUUUUAGCUGAAAUCUACUAGUUUUUCAUAUAGCUUUCAUCGAAAACACAAAUUUCUUACACUAUCACACACACAUUUCACUGCUGAAACCCUCUUUUUCAAAACCCAACAAUGGACUUUGCCGCUGCGACCGUUAGUAGGGACGAAUAUAUUAGAGAUUUAAUGGAUGUACGCAAGACCGGGGUAGCCAAAAUAUAUAUUCGUCCACUUAAUAGUCCUCAAGUGAAUGGAGAAGGUUGGUCUGGUUUUCUCAUUGCACCUGAUACUAUUCUUACGAUAGGACACGCCUUAAAAGAUGUGCCAGAGUCUAAGCUUCAAACCCCUGGUGUGUUCUGGGUCGAGUUUUUUGAGGAUCGUGUUGAGAAUCGUGGAUAUUUGCGCCCUGCAACUCUAACAAACUACGAUAUCCAGUCGGAGUUUGGUUUAAUGCGGUGCCCAUCUCCCAAGGCAGCUCACAUAUUUACAUUUGCGAGCCAAAGAAAUGAUAUUCUGAGUUCUAGCAGCAUACUCUCGGUUUCACAUCCCAUCCAAAGGGAUUGGGUUACUUUAAGGGGGACGGUUUGCCGUCCCCCUUUUACGGUGGGGGGAAACCCAGGCCAUGGAAAACCUGACGUGAACAUGGUGUUGUUUGAUCAUGAUGUCCAGACCUUUGCUGGGGCAUCAGGGGCGCCAAUGAUGAACCUAUCUGGGGAAGUCAUUGGAAUUCAAUGUUUCGAAGUCUCACAAACAGAGCAUGGAUAUUGUAUACCUCUUGAUAAACAGAACCACAAAUUUGAAUAUGAUUAUAGUUUUAACGAUUACGAUAUGACUAGGUUUCCACCUUUGGCAAUAUUGCCACUCAAAUUUAUUCCUUCAAACAUAAAGCAAGCCAUAGCAGUCCAAUACAUCAAUAAAGUUUUUAGGAAAGUCUUUAAAAAUGAGCGAGCAAGUGAGGAUUGUGAUCUAAACGAAUUUAUAAGUGGGUUAUUUAAACAACGGAUUGGAAAACCCUCUUCGUCUUCUGCUCCUCCUACAGGGAAAUCGUCUCCACUUGGUCUUACUGGCACAAUGCAACAUACUUCUUACGAGGACAGUAGACUAAAAUCGGUAAUUAGGAGUUUGGCGCCUUCAGUGGUUUCUGUUUCCUACUUCACUGGGAUACACAGAAUAGUUGACUGCACGGGUUUCAUCAUUGACUGGGAUGUUUGUAAGGGAGUAGCUACAGUUCUUACUUCUGCUAAGUUAAUGAGGUCUCCUUUAGACCGCCACGAUUACCGUAUUGUUGUUCGACUUGCAAAUAGAAAAAUGCUUCUAGCUGAAGAGGACUAUGUUGAUUAUUAUCACAACAUAGUGACUUUUAAAGUAAACUCUAAUGUCAAACUGAUUCCCUUAGAUCUUUUUUCACCUGUGGACCUCCUUAGACCCUUAGAUAGUUAUUCAAAUCUACAAGGGGUUGAAGUAGUUGCGUUGGCUAGAGAUUUUUAUACUUGUGAAUUGACAGAAAGUUGCGGAUUAUUUAGCAGAGAUUAUCCAUGUUUUGGAUGUGUGCAACUUGCCAGCUCUACUUGUAGAACUACCCGGGCCGGUGAGGGAGGACCGCUUAUCACUGAAGCAGGUCAAAUUAUUGGCAUCAACUUUUUUGAUGGCCAUGGAUUUGUUCAUCCUCUUCCGACAUCAGUGAUUAGAUUAUGCCUGAGUAAUUGGAAUUCGCAUGGGUACAGUUCUCUUUGUAGCUUAUCUUUCUCUUAUUCUUCUGCCAAUUUUUUUUGUGCGAAAACAAUGUUUUUCAAAACUAGGCAUGGCUAAUUGGAAUUUAAGUUCAAAAUGGUUAAUUUUUCCUUUUGCUUCAGUCGUAUUUAUUUUAAUCAGUGAUGUGAGAAUUCCUAAUCUGCCUUGGAGUUUGAAUUAUUAGGAUGUCCUCUGUAUUGUGGAAUCAUUUCAGCAAAAAAAAUUUUUAGGCACUAUAGAUGUUUGACCUUGUGAUAACUACUUUAGCUUUUUAGAUACUACGUUUUGUUAGAACAGUGUGUCCAAAAAUCUAAUUUCCAAACAGGCUCACUAGUGAAGUUUAUUUGGAAGA